AUGGCUCCCGAGAAGCCGAAGAACCCCAGAGCAUGGGAUGCCCUCACGCCGCCGCUGUCGCAAUGGGUCCUGGAUGCCGUCUCCAGCAUGGGCUUUGAGCGCAUGACGCCCGUCCAAGCCAGCGCAAUCCCGCUCUUCAUGGGUUACAAGGAUGUCGUCGUGGAAGCUGUAACAGGCAGCGGAAAGACCCUGUCCUUCCUGAUCCCGCUUGUCGAGCGUCUUCUGCGCCUAGAGGAGCCGCUCAAGAAGCACCACGUCGGCGCCAUUGUCGUCGCUCCUACAAGAGAGCUAGCAACUCAGAUACACGCCGUCCUCGCAUCUCUCCUUGCAUUCCAUGCUCCCUCUGCCGCCGCAUUACAACCCCGCGACGAGACCUCGACUGGCGACGAGAAGCCCACCUUUCCCUCUUCGACCCUCAAAGUGAUACCCCAGUUGCUUCUCGGUGGAAAUACCACACCCGCCCAAGACCUUAGCACUUUUCUCAAAACCUCUCCCAACCUGCUCAUUGCCACUCCCGGCCGACUCCUCGAACUCCUCUCCUCUCCGCAUGUACACUGCCCGCAAUCGUCGUUUGAGGUCCUAGUCAUGGACGAGGCCGACAGAUUGUUGGAUCUUGGCUUCAAGGAUGACCUGCAGAAGAUCCUGCAGAGAGUGCCCAAGCAAAGGCGCACCGGCCUGUUUAGUGCCAGCGUGAGCGAGGCCGUGUCGCAGCUCGUUCGCGUUGGUCUGAGAAAUCCGAUCCGCAUCGCAGUCAAGGUCAAAUCCGCCUCCGGAGCCCUUGACAAGCGCACCCCGGCAUCUCUGCAAAUGAACUAUCUUCUCACACCUCCCUCUCACAAACUCCCGGCUGUCGCAAAACUCCUCUCCACCCUCUCCCCAACUCCUCAAAAAUCCAUCAUCUACGUCUCCACAUGCGCUGGUGUCGACUACUUCCAACAUGUCCUCCCCGCAUUACUAACCACAGUCACCGUUGUCCCCUUACACGGAAAGCACCCCCAAAACGUGCGCGACAGAAACCUCAAGCGCUUCACCGAGAGCGUCUCCCCCACCGUGCUCCUCACCACCGACGUAGCCGCCCGCGGCCUCGACAUCCCCCUCGUCGACCUCGUCAUCCAAAUCGACCCGCCCUCCGACCCCAAAACCUUCAUCCACCGCUGCGGCCGCGCCGGCCGUGCCGGACGCCGCGGCCUGGCCGUCACCUUCCUGACGAAAGGCACCCACGAGGAGGACUACAUCCCCUUCCUCGCCGUGCGGCAAACGCCCGUCACGCCCCUGACGCAUCCGAGCGUCGAGACCACCGAGGCGGAGGCGCAGGAGGCGUCGCGAACCAUCCGCGACCUGGUGCUCACGGACCGCGCCAUCCACGACAAGGCCCAGCGCGCCUUCGUCAGCUGGGUGCAGUCGUACAGCAAGCACGCCGCGAGCAGCAUCUUCCGCGUGCAGGACCUGGAUUGGAAGCAGCACGGCGAUGCGUGGGGGCUGCUGAAGAUGCCCAAGAUGCCCGAGACGAAGAAGUGGGACGGCGAUUGGAAGCUGGGCAUGUCGAUCGAUUGGGACGGUUUCAGGUUCGCGGAUAAAGUCCGCGAGAAGCAUCGGAGGGAGGAGGAGGCGAGGGCGAAGGAGGCGGCGGAGAACGGGACGGUGGAGGAGGAGCAGAAUCAGAAGAAGCGGAAGGGCGGGAGGGACAAUGCGUGGAGCGAGCAGCGGGAGGCGAAGAAGCUGAGGGAGGAGAGGAGGGAGAAGAGGCAUAAGAAGAAGGAGGGGGAGAGGAAGAAGAAGUUGACCCCUGAGGAGCGGAAAAAGGAGGAUGAGGUCAAGGCCAUGAUCGAGAAGGUCAGAGAGCAGGCCAAGAUAUCGAAUGCGGACGAUGAAGAGGAGUGGGAGGGGUUUGAUUGA